AUGAUGCGCUUGAAUCUCCAUGCUAGGGCAUUUGUGCAAUGGAGACUAUCCUGGCAAUUACCAGUGGCCUCUACGGCAGGUGUGAAUACCUCAUCUCAUCACUGCCAUGUACAUCGGACGAUCUGUCACCAUGCGCAACACUCACCAGUUCGUGCGCGUAUCCCUAAUGUGAUGCCUACGGUCCCAGUGGUUCAGCAACAAAGAGGCGCAAAGACCAAAUCUACUGUCAAGUUGAAGGACCUUCCACAAGGCGUUGUGAAGCUCGAAGCUUAUGAUGAUGGCGUCGACGAGGCCCCACGUUACCCGACAGUCGUUCAGGGUCAUCGAAAUAACAUGCAAAAGUUCAAGAAUUGUGUAGUUCUUACGCGUGUUGGAGGCUUCUAUGAGCUUUACUUCGAACAAGCUGAGGAAUUUGCCCCCUUACUCGGUAUGAAACUUGCAACCAAGAGGACCAGCGCCGGACCUGUCCCCAUGGCUGGAUUCCCCUUCUUUCAACUUGACCGGUACCUGAAAAUGUUGGUUCAAGACCUAAACAAAUAUGUGGCCAUCAGCGAGGAAUUUACUCCUGUGGCAGAGGAGAAAGCAAAAUCGAAUACUGGCUUGCUCUUCGAUCGGAAAGUGGCCAGAAUUAUCACACCAGGCACAUUAAUUGAUGAGAAAUUCAUUGAUCCAUCUGAGCAUAAUUUUCUGCUAUCCAUAUACCUUGAUGUUCCGUCACUAGAAGCACACAUGAAACAAAAGGACGAAGCACAAUCAUCUCAGCAUAUACUGUCUUCUGUGCCUCAAAGUGUAGGAUUGUCCUGGCUGGAUCUCUCCACAGGGGAUUUCUUUACACAACUCACCUCUUUACAAAUGCUUCCAUCUGCCAUAGCCCGGAUCGGAGCUCGGGAGAUUCUCGUCGAUCAACAAGUUCAAGAUCUCAUCGGGCAGGAGCUGCAGCUUCUGGUCGGCUUCGAGCAUCGCCUCGUCACUUUCUUCCGGUUCCCCGAAACAUUCGCACCGAUGUCUCAAUGGGAAUCAAUGCUUGAGGCUCCGAUCCCAGAGGAAUCUCAUGCAACUUUCUCGGCGGAGGAAGUUGCCGCUGGGUUCAGCUUACUUGAAUAUAUUCGCGUGCAGUUGCAAGGAUCGAAUCUCAAACUACAGCCCCCACGUCGGAGACAUCUUGAUGAAUCAAUGAACAUUGAUCGAAAUAGUUUGAGAGGUCUCGAAAUCCUCGAAACUGCACGGGAUGGAUUUGGAAAGGGCAGUUUGCUUCACGCCGUUCGCAGAACUUCUACUAAGAGUGGUGCCCGUCUGUUACGAGAUCGACUCACUUCUCCGUCUACUUCAUUACAUAUCAUCAACCAGCGCCUUGAUCUCGUUGCGGUAAUGAUCGCGAGCGAAGAGCUUCGUGAUAGCGUCGUUCAGCUGUUGAAGCGUAGCUACGAUGCUCAACGGCUAGUACAGAAAUUUGCACUUGGGAAAGGAGAUCCAGAUGAUUUGAUCUGCCUUUCCCGUGCCAUUGAAGCAUCCAAAGGCGUUAGACAGGUUCUUACUGACCACGAGAGAACCCUGGGCUCUUCUUCGUCCGACGCGAAACACAGCCUCAACACCAUGAUCUCACGACUUUAUCUAGAUGGGCCAAUAGCUCUGGCAGAAAGGAUACUUGCCGCUAUCGAUGAAGAGGGUCUUUUGCAGCAACAACGUAUUGAAGACAGCACGGCCGCCGCUGCAGCUAAUUUAGCCCAAGAAGUCACACUCAAUGAAGGCACUUCGAGCGACCUCCAGUCACUACCUAAGAAGAUAAGAACCAAAAGUAGUGACCGGGCGGCGGCAACGGAUGCAGAAUCCGGCUCAGUUGAUACGUGGAUCAUGAGACGCGACGCCAGCAGUUCCUUGAACAAGCUGCAUGCAGAAAUCGAGCGCCUUUGGGACGAAAAGGCGUCGCUAACUCAACACCUUCGUGAUUCCGUCGGUUCCUCCACGCUGACUCUCAAAUGGACCCCCGGCCUCGGCCACAUUUGCCACGUCAAAGGUCCGAAGGUUUCCCAAGAAGCCCUCGAGGAACUAGGGAUCACGCGCAAUGUUUCCUCCACCAAAUCCACCAGAUCGUUCUACCUCCCUGCGUGGACCGAGCUUGGAAAUAAAAUGGAAAGUGUUCGAGUCAAAAUUCGCCAAGAGGAGCAAGCCAUCUUUGAGCGCCUUCGCCGAGAGGUCAUCCUCAACUUGGUCAAGAUCAGACGCAAUGCAGCAGUCAUGGAUGAACUAGACGUCGCAUGUUCUUUCGCAAUCCUAGCUCAAGAGCAACAAAUGGUACGACCGAUUCUCAACGACGGCACUUCGCACCGGAUUGUGGGCGGCAGGCAUCCAACAGUCAAGCUGGGCCUGGAAGAACAGGGUCGAUCAUUCGUUAGUAAUGACUGCUUCCUCGGCGAAAAGGAACGUAUCUGGCUCAUUACUGGUCCAAAUAUGGCGGGCAAAAGCACCUUCUUGCGGCAGAACGCUUUGAUCACCAUCCUGGCGCAAGUGGGCUCGUAUGUGCCUGCCGCUUACGCCGAAAUCGGAAUUGUGGACCAAAUCUUCAGUCGCAUCGGCGCGGCUGACGAUCUCUUCCGUGACCAAUCCACGUUUAUGGUUGAGAUGCUUGAGACUGCCGCUAUUCUGAAACAAGCCAGCCCUCGCUCGUUCGUGAUCAUGGAUGAGGUUGGGCGAGGCACCACACCAGAAGACGGGACAGCUGUCAGCUACGCUUGUCUGCACCAUCUACAUUAUCACAACCAGUCCCGAACACUGUUUGCAACACAUUUUCACUCGCUGGCGGAUAUGACGAGCCAAUUUGAGCAUCUGGAGAGGUACUGCACGGAUGUCAAGGAGACGGAUUUCGGGGCUUUCUCGUUUGUGCAUCGACUGCGGAAAGGUGUCAAUCGUGAAUCGCAUGCUUUGAAGGUAGCCCAAUUGGCGGGUCUCCCUCAAGAAUCCCUUGAUCUUGCCAGGCGUGUCCGUGAAGAGUUGCGAGUCGAGUCGGAUUCCCCUAGUCCUACCAAUUGA